GAUAUUCACUGCGGGACUGCAUUGUUGACACAAUGGCGAGCGCAGAUGUAGAAAACGCAGGCCUCGACUCGUCGGACCUAAGUUUCAUUAAAAACAUAAUGACAGAUUCAAAUUCUGUUCAUGAAAGUAUAGACAAGAGUUAUUCAAUACCAGGCGCACAACUGUCAGAUAAACAGACGUUCCGCAGUAGGGAAGGGAACGCUGUCAAUGCAUUCCCGGUGUUAGUUGAUUUUCGGAGAUUACUACAACUCGCACCUAGCCUUGCGUCCCUAUCAUGCGAUGGAGACAAUGCAAUGAUACACGGGAUCAGCAACAGGGACUUGCUGCAUGCAGUGGUAGGCCUCUAUGAUGUCUCUCUGUCUGACAUGACACCAGAUGUCCUCUACUCAUCUGUUUGUGAUAAAUGGGCAAGGACUGUCAUCCUGGUCAGAGAUGUACAAGAAACUAUUGAAGACUUAACAAAGAGAAAGCCAACAAGAAGAAAUCUCGCCAAAAAAGAAGAGGAGGAAGAUGGAGAAGGUGAAGAUAAAUAUGAAGAGGAAGAAGUCAGUCCCAGCAAAUUUGCUACCGUAUACAGCGAUACAGAAUCAGAGCCCGAGGAUGAAGAGGAUGAUGAGGAGGAUUUCUCCAAAGGAAUAAACAGCUUUAUUCAGAAGGCAGCAGAGAGACGUACACAACAGAAAUCCACAGACACAUUGUGUGAGGAACUGGUGGGGAUUGAAAACAGAAUCAUAGGGGCCAUCACAUUUGAGAAAAAAUACAUACAAAAAGACAGGGUCAUUCACCUGACACUACUCUCAGUUCGAAAACGAUACCGAAAAUUUGGAAUUGGCAAAUACUUGUUGCAGCAAAUCCUGGAACCCGAGGUUGUGGGGCAUUAUGAUGCUAUCGUUGUUCAUGCAGACAAUGGUGCUGUAGAAUUUUUCCAAAAGUUUGGUUUUUCUGAUGAUAUUGUCCUAAACAGCCGAUGGAGUGAGUUGGCAGAACAGUUCACAAACUGUACCCUCAUGUCCUAUCUCCCAGCCUUCUCUGGACACACCCUGCUGUCCACUCUUAAGAUCCCAGGCUUGGAGGUCUUUGAAUUGGAGCAGCAGUUUAACAAAUGGAAAGAGAAAACGACCGAGGUUUACCAGCAGCAGGUGUCGAUAGUGAUGAGGAUGAAGCACGAAAUGAUUCAACUCAAGUGCAUGAAUGAAAAACAGAAUCAGUUGAUAGAUACAUUGAUUAUGGAGAAUGAAAGACUGAAGAAGGAGAAACUCAUGAUAGAAAAAGAAUAUCUGGACCAUCGCCUGUCUGCAGCGAGAUCAGCUCUGUAUGAAAAUGACAAAGGCAAUGACAUUAUUCCGCGCGGAUUCUUGCCAACAGAUGAUGAAGAUGAAAUUGACACCAGUGAUUUAAUUUCUGGCCUACAAAAAGAGGUGGAUCUAAUGGAUUUAUCCAUUAAGCGGGAGAGACUUCAGUCUCUGGUAGACUCGGACCCCAUCACCAGGAGUAAAUUCACCACAGUUGGUGAAAGUCAGUACAUGUCGUUUCCCACCACCAAAAACAAAAAACAGGGCGAACCCUACGACCACAUGAAGGACGCGGCAUUCUUCUACGAUGUGACGGAGCAGUUUAAAAAAGGAAUGAAAUCUGAUAAUCAAAUCAAAGGCAGCUAUGAAGUCACAUCUAUUUCAAAGGCGACAUUAUCGGAAUUGUAUGUGGAGAAGUACCGAGAGCAAAUCAAGAUUAUGAAGGAUCCAUCGCUGAUAGCUGAUCUGUACUUCUGUGGGGGCCUGGAACACCCCAAGAGGCUCAACGACAUCCUCAAACAUGGCUUCAAGGAAUCAGAUUUUGUUUAUGGUGAAUUUGGAAGAGGACUGUAUUUCUCAAAAUAUCCCUCCAAAGCCGCACAGUUUUCUGCGCUUGGGAAAAUUCUGUUAGUGGAGGUUGGCCUUGGUAACAUGGAGACUGUAACUAAACAUGACAAAACUAGAAAAUCGCCCAGCAGUUCACAGUUUGAUUCCAUUAUUACCCCUGGUCGUCUUCAGAAGUCCAGCGAAGAGGGCAAUAUAGUCCACAAUGAGGAAUAUGUUGUGUACAACCUCACACAAAUCCUGCCUCUCUGUCUCAUCAGCUACGCAGGGUCCUGAGAAAUUGUGCGGGAUCAGGCCUUCUCCCUGUAAUAUAUCACAACUCCCGUCCAUUGUCAGUGCUAGAUGCGUUUGCUGUCUGAAGAAAUGUAUUUUAUUCAUUCAAGAGACUUUCUUCAUUAAGUACAUUUCAGGCAUUGUGUAGAACAAACAUUUUUGAUCAAGAUCAAAGUUUUAUCUUUGAUGGUUUAUGUAUAAAUCACAGUUUGCAGUCACUAGUCAUAUUUCUGUCCAUUUGUAGCGAGUCUUCGUUUACAAUUAUGGACUAUAUCAAUUGUGUCUGAAGGACAGCAUUCUAUUUUUAUAAUCGUACAUUUAUUCAAUCAAAAUAAACUUCUCUUUUCCUGAAGAUAGAUUUUUACUGCAGCAAAAUUUGAAAUAAUCACUACAUGGUCUAAAUGAUAUGGGUUUUUUUAAGGUCACCUGAGUCACUUAGGUGACCUAUUGCUAUUGGUCCGUCGUGCGUUGUCCGUUAACAACUUGACCAAAUUUGAUAUCUAUAGAUGAAGGAGACUGGAAAUUGUAAAAUUAAUGCCCCCCCCCCCCCCCCCAAGGAAACUUAAUUUUGGGGGUAAAAAGUGUAAAAUUGAUGUAAUUCUUUUAAAAUCUUCUUCUUUACUGCUGGGCAUCUAGCAGAGAAAGUGAGUAUAUAGUAAUGAUGAGGAAGGAAGCUUCUACCACAACUGUAUAUUUCAUGAUCCCCGGGGUAGGGAUUUUGACUUCAGGGUGGGGCCAAACUUGGUAUAUAAUGUUUAUGUGUAAAACACUUAAAUAACAUCUUUAGUGCUAUUGAUACUAAAUUGAAACUAGAUGGAUAUUUAGAAAAAGCAGGUAGUCCUUUACUAAAAUUGGAAAUUUGAUGAUGCCAGGAGUAGGAAUUUUGGUAUCCAUGUGGGGCCAAAAUGGUCAGUUAUUACAUGUUUGAACAAUAGAAAUUUUUAACUUUUCCUUGAUAGCUACCAUUCUAAUUCUUUUUAAAUUUGGUAUGAAGCAUCUUUGGAACAAUGGGGACAUAGACAAUCUGAUUAAAAUCAGAUCCUCGAUCCGCUCCUCUUUUUUGUAGCGACAAGAAAAAAAAAGAGGAGCGGAUCGAGGAUCUGACUUUAAUCAGAUUGGGGACAUAGAUUGCUACUUCAGGAUUCCUGCACCCCUGGGGCCUUAGGGGCGGGUCAAAAACUGAAUUUUUGACCCCAGGGCAGGGCCAAACUUACUGUAUAGUGUAAAUGUGUAAAACACUUAAUGUAGUUCCACCCUCCUGUGACAUCAUAAGAUUUCACAAAGUCGAUGAUUUUAUAAGAUUUAUGCAUGACAAGAACAUAAAUUUUGUUGGAGUCUUUUUAAAUAGCUAUUGUAAAAAACCUUGUUAACCAUAAAAUAUUUCAAAAGUCUAAAUUAUAUAUGAAUAAUCAACUAUAUAUUUAAAAAUAUUGAAUCCAAGGGCAAUAACUGUUUUCAUUAAAUCAUUUAUUAAGUCCAUUAUGCGAUAAAUUUCCUUUAUUUUUCACAAACAUUUUGUAUAUAUUUUAAAGACAGAGUUUCGUGAAAUUGUUUUGAAUACUAUUAUAUCGUUUUAACCUGUUCGUGUGAAAGUUUGAUAAUGCUGUUUAAUGAAAAUUGCAAUUUUCUGAUGUUGUUACAGGUAUGUGUGCUGUUUGAUAAAAUUCUAUUAAUACUGCAGCACAUUUAUUUUAUCAUUUUUAUUUGAAGAAUAAACAAUCAAAUAUAAGAUUGAACCUAUAAUUCUAUAAGGGUGGAAUUACCUUGAUAAGUAACAUCUUCUUUAGUGUUACUGAUAUGAAAUGGAAACUAAAUGGAUCUUUAGAAAGAGCAGGUAAUCCUUUACAAAAAUUGUAAAUUUGAUGAUCCCUGGAGUAGGGGUUCUAACCCCCAGGGUGGGGCCAAACUUAGUAUAUAGUAUUUAUGUGUAAGUUUGCUGAUACUGUAUAAAAUCGAAAUGCAUAUACUUAGGAAUAGCAGAAGAGGAUGUACAAAAAAUGGUGAAUUUCACAACCCAGGGUUUUGACUCUAAGAUGGGGUCAAAUUCAUCAUAUCUUUUAAUGUUAAUACACCUAUUAUAUUAUGUAAAGCCUUUCACCAGUGUAUGCACUUUUAAGGACAGUGAAGUUUUAAGAACACAUCUUGAUUUAUACUGUUGCUGAACAUUAGAAUUUAGCUUAGAUAUUCAGAACAGGAAUUUUUUUUCUAGAUUUCAUAGCCCUUGGGAGUAGUGAUACUUUUUCACUAGUGGACAGGUGACCAAUAAGGCCUAUGGACCUCUUGUUUCAAAUAGCUUUCUUUCUUUCUUUUUUAUAUUGAAUCUUUUUUCCAAAUGGCUCUCUUUUUUUUUUCUAUAAUCAUCGUCAGACCAUUUUACUGUAAUGUGAAGUCACAUGCAAGAUUAGAUAAUUUUUUUGCGGAGAGAGUAUAUAUCAGUAGGUGAAAAAAUGUAGAUUGCAUAAUAUUUUCAUAAUUGUACACUUAUUCAAUCAAAUUAAAUGAAAGAUUUUUACUGCAGCAAAACAAUUGAAUUUCAAAAUUUGAAACAAUCACUACAAGGGCUAAAUAAUAUGUUGGUAUUUUUAGCUCAAGUGAGCUUUUCUGAUCACCUGUUGUCAACCUGUCUGUCCAUCUGUAAACCUUUUUACAUUUUCAACUUCUUCUCCAGAACCACUCAGCCAAAUUCAACCAAGCUUGACAAAAAGCAUCCUUGGGUGAAGGGCUUUCAAGUUUGUUCAAAUGAAGGACUUUGCCUCCUUCAAAGGGGAGAUAAUCACAAAAAUGCAAAAAUAGGGUGGGGUUGUUUAAACAUCUUCUUCUCAAGAACCAAUGGACCAGAAGAGUUGAAAUUUAUAGGAAAGCUUCCUGACAUAGUGGAGAUUUAAGUUUGUUAAAAUCAUGGCUCCGGGGGGGGGGGGGGGGGGGGGGGGGGGGGGUAGGUAGGAUGGGGCUACAAUAGGGGAUCAAAGUUUUACAAACAAAUAUCUAGGGAAAAUCUUCCUCUCAAGAACCACUGGGCCAGGAAAUUAUUAUUACAGGAAAGCUUCCUGACAUAGUGCAGAUUCAAGUUUGUUAAAACCAUGCCCCCCCCCCCCUCCAGAGGGGAGGAUUGGGCCACAAUUGGAGAUCAACAUUUUACAUACAAAUAUAGAGAGAAAAUCUUCUCAAGAACCAUUUGGCCAGAAAAGUUUACAUUUAUAUGAAAGCUUCCCGACAUAGUGCAGAUUCAAGUUUGUAAAAAUCAUGGUCCCCUGAUGUAGGUUUGGGCCACAAUAAAGUUCAAAGUUUAACAUGCGAAUAUAUAGGGGAAAUCUUUAAAUAUGGAAUAUGGGCCAAGGUGACUCAGGUGAGCAAUGUGACUCAGAACCUCUUGUUUCAAAUAGCUUUCUUUCUUUUUUGAAUAAUAUGUUGAUUUUUUUCCAAAUAACUUUCUUUGUCAGACCAUAUUUUUACUUUAAGAUGGACUCAUGCAAGAUUUGGGGGGUUACGGAGAGAGUGUGUAAGUAUAUAUACCAGUAGGUGAAAAUGACUGGCACUCCACGUAAAACGUCGAGUGUGUGGUGAAAACGUACAUAUUGCACAUGUUUAUUCAUUGAAAAUAUAAAGUAUUUACAAUUUUUAAAAAGGUGAAAUUAUAGAUAUUAGAUUUGACUGUACAUGUAUUUUGUGAACGAUGGGUUUAAUAUUUGUUUGAUUUUGAACAAUCCUAUCUUUGAUGGGAAACACCUGCAUACCUUUUGUAUGAAUUUUAAAUGGAAACGGAGAAAAACAAAAAUAUCUGUUGAACAGUAUAUCUAUAGCUUUCAUAACUAUAGAGGGAAUAGAAGAAGCACUGGCUUUGUGGUAUUUAAAGAAAACAAAAGGAAUGUCACUUUCCUUACGAUCUCGCUUGACUGUUGAAUUUCAAGGUUUUAGUUAUUGUACUAAUUGUAUCCCGUAUUUCACGUGAAAAAACAGAAAUGGUGAUUUUUUUUUAAAAAUAUGCUCCGUUUUCAUGUUAUUUUUGGAUGAGUUAAAAUUUCAUGACAAUCAUGUAUUCAGCUGUUGUUAGUCCAUUGUAUAAAUUUCAUGUAAUUUAUUGGUACAGCGUCCAGAGUAAAGCGUUGUACAAAUUCUAUCUAAGUUAAUGGUACAGCGCUAGCGUGUUAUUGCUUAUUGUCAUUCUGUAGUAAUGCGUUGUAACAUUGUGCGAGUUGUGAAAUCUUUUAAUUAGUUUUAUUUUCGAAAAAAUAUGUAUGAAUUAAACAGGACAAUCAGUA